AGCAUCUUCAUGAUCUCUUGUAUUCGCCUGCGGUACUGCUGACGUCCCUGUGUUUGAUCCAUGCGUGCCUCUUGCACGCGUUCGCUCAUUUUGGACCUCUUCGAUGCUCUCAGGCAUCCGUCGCGGAGCGUUGAGAUCGUCAAUGCUAGGGACGAGUCAAUGUCGAUAUUAUAGCGAUAAAUCUUUACGCCCAGAUCAACGACCGGUAGAGGGCACCAGUGGGAAGGAUAUUCAGCAAGCCGAACGGACCAAUGCUGAGCCAUUCCACCCGUUCCACGAGAGGACGCGGGUCUUCUCCGGAAUUCAGCCCACAGGAGUACCACACCUGGGUAAUUAUCUCGGUGCCCUCCGGCAAUGGAAAUUACUGCACGACAACUCGGCUCAUCCUAGCUUGAAAGGCAAGCAGAGGCCCGAACAAUACUUCUCUGUAGUGGACCUGCAUGCUCUGACGGCUGAAGCAUCUGGGCCUGACCGAUUUCGCCUUAGAAAGGAGUCCUAUGCUGCGUUGCUGGCAAUUGGACUGAAGAACACCCGAGAGACCACUCUAUUCUUCCAAUCCGACGUAAGCUAUCAUACCGAAUUGAUGUGGAUAUUGAGCACCAUUGCAUCUACUGGCUAUCUGUCACGCAUGACUCAAUGGAAGAGCAAGCUCAAUCUUCCUGACAAUGCCAAUCUUGACAGUGAGGAAGCUACAGCAAAGCUCAAACUUGGUCUUUUCUCGUAUCCAGUGCUCCAAGCCGCUGAUAUUUUAUUGUACCAAGCAUCUUUGGUACCCGUUGGGGAGGAUCAAUUACAACAUAUCGAGUUCGCCCGGACACUAGCCAGAGGGUUCAACAGUCAUGUCAGGAAUAGUCCGGACCGUGGGGAUGUUUUCAGGGUACCCUCGGCGACGCUGUCUCCCGCGAAGCGGGUUAUGUCACUAAAGCGCCCGACACAGAAAAUGUCAAAAUCGGACCCGGAUCCGAAGUCCAGGAUCCUUAUAACUGAUUCGUAUGAAGAGAUUCAUGCCAAGAUAAGAGCCGCCGUCACAGACUCAGAACCUGGUAUCUCCUAUGACCCGGAGAGACGUCCGGGUGUUUCCAACUUGAUCGAAAUCUUGCGACAUGUCACGACAAUUUCGGAAACACCAGACGCCAUCGCCAAAGACCUGCAGCAUAUGACCAUGCGUGGUCUCAAGGAGAUGGUGGCCGAUAACAUUGCUGAAUGUUUGAGCGGCAUCCGGGAAAAAUUCCUGCAGCUGAUGGACCCCGGAAACAAGACUCUAUAUGAGGAGGUCUCCAUAGGCGCCGGAAAGGCUGAGCGAAAAGCCAAAUCCACGAUGCAAGAGGUACGGGAGUCGCUGGGCCUAAACACACUCACGAGACGACUCGACACACCAACUAUUGACGAGAUGGAAGAUGCCGACGCCGAGUCCAAUACCACUGAUUUUGACGUCGAUCCGAUAGAUCCAGAGUCCAAUGCGGACGACGCUCAGAGGCGAGAGCAAGCUAUUCUAGAAGCUCUGCAGGGAAUCAGCCAGACAUACGCAGGCUCUUACCGAAUCUCAUCUGACAGAAAAGGCUCUUCACAGAAAUUUUAGGAAGAUUGUCUUGUACACACCAUGUCUAGCUCACGAGGCUGAAUUGUACCUAUAGUAUUGGGAUUUUCUCCCCGGUUAUAAGCGACGUCAUCCGCCCGAGAAGCCGGAAUAUUUUUGUACCAUAGUAAAUAUUAUACCCAAACUCUCCAUUGC